CUCCUGCGGGUACCAGUCUGGCCUGCUCUGGAGGACUGUGAGGCAGGGGGGGCAGACGGGUGGUCCAGAGUGUAGGACUCUGGUGCGGGGGCUCAUAGAUUCUCCUCACAGGAAGAAGCUGGGGUCCCUGCUUGGAGCAUUUUUCCUCUAAGUUUUCUCCUGUUUCCCCAAGAGAGUUCUCAUUGAAGGCCAUGAACUACAAUAGGCAGUAGAUGGCAGUACAGGAUUACAAAUCUUGGAGAACUCCCUCCCUUUCCAACUCCAAGCCUGAAUUCCGUCUUAGUCUAAAGCCAGAGGCCAGCUCCUCCCCCGCCUCUCGGCAGGAGUUCCCCUCUAGGUUGGGAGCAUCUCACGUGGGGAAAGGGGAACCUUUUUGAGCCGCCAACCACUGGCCCUGACAAAAUGAUGUUGGAAGAAUCCCACCUUGGCAACCAGCAGGAGCUAGUGCAGGAUGAGCCUCAGACUCGCCUCCUGAGUGUGACAGCCCGGCGGGGCCCACGCAGCUUACCUCCAAUUCCUUCAGCUUCCAGAACAGGCUUUGCAGAAUUUUCCAUGAGGGAACGCAUGAGAGAGAAAUUACAAGCAGCGAGGUCCAAAGCAGAAAGUGCAUUGCUACAGGAAAUUCCCACCCCUCGACCUCAGCGCUUACGGAGUCCCACUGUGAAAGAAUUGGAGACUGAAUUCGGCACGGAGUCAGGUAAAGAGGUAGGAAGCACUCAACAAGAAGAUGACACCCAAAGUUAUGCAAGAGUGAAGUUCCAUGUUUCUGCACGAAAAAUCAAGUCUAAACCCCAGGUUCCACCAGGUUUCCCUUCUGCAGAAGAGGCCUAUAAUUUCUUUACUUUCACCUUUGAUCCUGAACCAGAGGAAGCAGAGGAAAAGCCAAAACAUGGAGAUGGAACUCACCAAGAGGAGGAGGAAGGGGAGGAAGAGCCACCUACAGAAGAAGGAGCCAACAGAAUGGAUGAGGAAGAGCUGCUUCACGGUAAAGAUGCCGAGGACUUCCUACUGGGCUUAGAUCACACGGCUGAUGAGUUUCUGGCAGUCAGACCUGCACAUUAUGAAAGCGUCCAUGUGCGGCUGCAGAGGGAAAAGGAAAUGCUCUUCAUACCCAGCAGGCUGACAGUGCCUACCUAUAAAAAGCUUCCUGAAAAUGUACAGCCCAGAUUCCUGGAAGACGAAGGCCUUUACAUUGGGGAAAGGCCGGAGGUGGCACGCACCAAUCAGAACAUCAUGGAGAACAGACUGCUGACGCAGGAGUCUGGGCGAAGGUGGUUUGGAGACGAUGGCCGGAUCCUAGCCCUGCCAAACCCCAUCAAGCCGUUUCCUUCAAGGCCCCCAGUGUUCAUGCAGGAGCAAAGCAUCAAGGCAGAACUGGAAACAUUGUAUAAAAAGGCAGUGAAAUAUGUCCACCGUAGCCAGCAUAUGAUUGGAUCUGGAGACCCUGCUGGAAAUUUCCAACUGGACAUUGAUAUUUCAGGGUUAAUAUUCACUCAUCAUCCCUGUUUUAGCCGAGAGCAUGUCUUGGCAGCCAAGCUGGCCCAGUUAUAUGAUCAGUACCUUGCAAGACACCAGAGAAACAAGGCAAAGUUUCUUACUGAUAAGCUUCAAGCUCUAAGAAAUGCUGUUCAGACUGGCCUUAAUCCAGAAAAACCUCAUCAGUCUCUUGAUACAAUCCAAAAAACCAUCAAUGAGUAUAAAUCUGAAAUUCGGCAAACAAGAAAACUGCGGGAUGCUGAACAAGAAAGAGACCGAACGUUACUUAAGACCAUCAUUAAAGUUUGGAAGGAGAUGAAAUCCCUUCGAGAGUUCCAGAGGUUCACAAAUACACCCUUGAAACUUGUUUUGAGAAAGGAAAAAGUUGACCAGAAAACAGAUGAAGAAGCAUAUGAAGCAGAAAUUCAAGCUGAAAUAAGUGAAUUGUUGGAAGAGCACACGGAGGAAUAUGAACAGAAGAUGGAAGAGUACAGAACAUCGUACCAGCAGUGGAAAGCCUGGAAGAAAGCCCAAAGGGCCAAGAAGAAGAAAAAGAAACAGGCGACAGAAGAACAUCCCGAGGAGGAGACGGAGGAGCCGUACCCUGAGGAGGACCCUGUGAAGCCCAGCCCUCCGGAGCCCACUGAUCGGGCAGCGGUGGAGCAGCAGGUGAGGGAGAGAGCGGCCCAGAGCAGGAGGAGGCCUGGGGAGCCCACGCUGCUCCCAGAGCUGAGCCUGGCGGGGAGUGUGACGCCCAACGACCAGUGCCCCAGGGCAGAGGUUUGGCGAAGGGAAGAUGUAAAGAGGCGCUCAGUGUACUUAAAGGUGCUCUUCAACAACAAGGAGGUGUCCAGGACGGUCAGUCGGCAACUAGGGACAGACUUCCGAGUUCACUUUGGUCAGAUUUUCAAUCUGCAAAUAUUCAACUGGCCGGAGAGUUUAACACUUCAGGUCUAUGAAACUGUUGGACACAGUAGCCCCACCUUGCUAGCAGAAGUAUUUCUGCCUAUCCCUGAGACCACCAUUGUUACUGGAAGGGCUCCGAUUGAAGAAGUGGAGUUUAGCAGUAAUCAGCAUGUGACACUGGACCACGAGGGAGUUGGAAGUGGAGUGCCCUUCUCAUUUGAAGCUGAUGGCAGUAAUCAACUGAUUUUGAUGACUUCAGGGAAAGUGUCCCACAGUGUGGCCUGGGCCAUUGGAGAAAAUGGGAUACCUUUAAUUCCUCCAUUGUCACAGCAGAACAUUGGAUUUCGGAGUGCUUUGAAGAGAGCAGAUGCCAUCUCAUCUAUUGGCACAUCAGGAGUGACAGACAUGAAAAAGUUGGCCAAGUGGGCAGCAGAGUCCAAGCUGGACCCAAAUGACCCCAACAAUGCCCCUUUGAUGCAGCUAAUCUCGGUUGCAACCAGUGGUGAAUCCUAUGUCCCUGAUUUCUUUCGACUGGAACAGCUGCAACAGGAAUUUAAUUUUGUUUCAGAUGAAGAAUUGAAUAGAUCCAAACGAUUCAGGCUUCUUCAUCUUAGAAGCCAACAGGUGCCAGAAUUCCGAAAUUAUAAGCAAAUUCCAGUAUAUGACCGAGAAAUUAUGGAAAAGGUAUUCCAGGACUAUGAGAAACGGUUACGAGACAGAAAUGUAAUUGAAACCAAGGACCACAUAGACACGCAUAGGGCCGUGGUAGCCAAGUACCUCCAGCAGGUUAGAGAAUCAGUGAUAAAUCGUUUCUUAAUUGCAAAACAACAUUUUCUUCUUGCUGAUUUGGUAGUAGAAGAAGAAGUUCCCAAUAUCAGUUCUGAAGGCUCAGGCAUUUUGGGCCUAAACCUUUUCAAGCUGGCCGAACAAAAGCGACCACUGAGGCCAAGGAGAAAAGGUCGGAAGAAGGUGACAGCCCAAAACCUGUCUGAUGGAGACAUAAGGCUGCUGGUGAAUAUAAUCCGGGCUUAUGACCUUCCAGUGAGGAAGCCAACAGCAAGCAAAUUCCAGCAGCCAUCCAGGUCUUCAAGGACAUUCAGGGAAAAGCAUGCUGCUUCCCCAGACACACGAAGCCCCACCCACAGUGCUGACUACCCCCUCGGCCAGGUUUUAGUACGUCCUUUUGUAGAAGUCUCUUUUCAACGAACGAUUUGCCACACAACCACAGCUGAAGGACCAAACCCCAGUUGGAAUGAAGAACUUGAACUUCCAUUUAGGGCUCCUAACGGGGAUUAUAGCACAGCCAGUCUGCAGUCAGUAAAAGAUGUUGUGUUCAUUAAUAUUUUCGAUGAAGUACUAUAUGAUGUCUUAGAGGAUGACCGGGAAAGAGGAAAUGGAAUCCAUACCCGCAUCGAGAGACACUGGUUGGGAUGUGUGAAAAUUCCAUUUAGCACAAUAUAUUUUCAAGCAAGGAUCGAUGGAACAUUCAAAAUAGAUAUUCCCCCAGUUCUUCUGGGCUACAGUAAGGAGCAAAACAUGAUUAUUGAGCGGGACUUUGAUUCUGUCCGAAGCUUAAGUGAAGGGUCCUACAUCACCCUGUUUAUUACCAUUGAGCCACAGUUGGUUCCUGGAGAGUCAGUUCGAGAAAAGAUGAAUGACAUGCUUAAAAAGUUUGAUUCUCAGGAAGAUGAGAAAUUGCUUCAAGCAACAGAGAAGUUUCAAGCUGAAUGUGCCUUAAAGUUUCCAAAACGUCAGUGCCUUGCAACAGUAAUUGACAUAAGUGGCAAGACUGUUUUUAUUACACGCUAUCUCAAACCUUUAAACCCUCCCCAGGAGCUCCUUAAUAUCUACCCCAAUAAUCCACAAGCAACUGCAGAACUGGUGGCUCGAUAUGUGUCCUUGAUUCCUUUCUUGCCUGACACUGUUUCAUUUGCUGGUCUCUGUGACCUGUGGAGCACAUCUGAUCAAUUUCUUGAUCUCCUGGCAGGAGAUGAAGAAGAACAUGCAGUAUUACUAUGCAAUUAUUUUCUGUUCCUGGGUAAGAAGGCCUGGCUGGUGAUGGGCAAUGCUAUUCCUGAGGGUCCAACUGCCUAUGUACUAACUUGGGAGAAAAGUCAUUAUUUAAUAUGGAAUCCCUGCAGUGGAAAUUUUUAUGGACAAUUUGAUACAUUCUGUCCCUUGAAAAAUGUAGGCUGUUUAAUAGGUCCUGAUAAUAUUUGGUUUAAUAUUCAACAAUAUGAUUCUCCACUAAGGAUAAAUUUUGAUGUUACCAAGCACAAGCUGUGGAAAUCUUUCUUUUCAAGAAGUCUUCCAUAUCCUGGCCUUUCCAGUGUUCAGCCUGAAGAGCUAAUUUACCAGAACACAGACAAAGCAGCUGCAGCUGAGCUACAAGACAGGAUUGAAAAGAUACUAAAAGAAAAAAUCAUGGACUGGAGGCCACGCCAUCUGACCCGGUGGAAUAGGUACUGUACCUCCACUCUGCGUCAUUUCUUGCCUCUGUUAGAAAGUAGUCAAGGAGAAGAUAUAGAAGAUGACCACAGAGCAGAACUGCUGAAACAGCUGGGAGACUACAGGUUCUCUGGAUUUCCCCUUCACAUGCCUUAUUCUGAGGUGAAGCCUUUAAUUGACGCUGUGUAUAGCACUGGAGUACAUAAUAUUGAUGUUCCUAAUGUUGAAUUUGCUUUAGCUGUAUACAUACACCCAUAUCCCAAAAAUGUUUUGUCUGUUUGGAUCUAUGUUGCCUCCCUCAUACGCAACAGGUAAUUUUUUUCAUUGUAUCUUUUUUAUAUCAUGUAAAAACUACACUUAGGAUGUGAGAAUUUUAAAAAUUAUACUGAUCACACCGGAAGAAUGUAUUAUUCGCAAAUAAUGAAAUAAAAUUAUCAAUAUAUAUUUUUAAACUGUGUAAAAUAAGUGUUUUAUUAAGCAGUCAGCCCUAUCUCUGCCACUUUGACUCUAAAUUCAACUGA